AUGGCAGAAAACGAGAACUUAAGACCUGCUUAUGAAGAUGAUCAACCGGGUGAAGACACUUAUAAAAGAGGUAAUCAGUAUAAAUGGACUAAAGCUCGUAAAUCCGACCAUGACGAUGCCAAAACCGGUGAAGAAUCUGCAAAUAAAAGAGCUAAAAUAGAUGAGCGGUCAUUAGCUUCAACAGACACAGCUGAGGCUGGAGAGCAGGAGACAAAGGAGAAAAGACUCCCAAAAAGAAAGGUCGCCGUCAUGCUUGGAUAUUGUGGAACGGGAUAUCAUGGAAUGCAGUAUAAUCCCCCAUCGCCAACAAUUGAGGCGGAACUGUUCAGAGCGUUCGUGGAAGCAGGCGCUAUUUCCCAGGACAAUUCCACAGAUCUAAAAAAAAGUGGGUUCAUGAGAGCCGCCAGAACUGACAAAGGUGUUCACGCCGGAGGAAACGUCAUUUCGUUGAAGCUUAUCAUUGAGGAUCCCGACAUUGUGUCAAAAAUCAACUCUAAACUGCCCGAUGGGAUCCGCGUAUGGGAUAUCAGUCGUGUUAACAAAGCCUUCGAUUGCAGAAAAAUGUGUAGUUCUCGCUGGUAUGAGUAUCUACUACCGACUUACUCUCUAAUUGCUCCUAAACCAGGAAGUGCUCUAUUCAACGAUAUCGAAGACAGCAAAACUGAGUUUCCAGGUGUCAUAGGCGAGGAUGCUGAGAGUGAAAAAUUCUGGGCCGAGUUUUUCAAGCAAGCAAAAGCCCAAUUUACCCCUGAGGAACUAGAAUCUAUUGAGAACUAUGUUGCUCCACCAAGAGAUGAGUUCGACGAUGCGGAUGAAACGUAUAAGUUGGUUAAACGCUACAAACAGCUGGAAAACACUCACAGAAGAGCCUAUCGUAUCUCUGCUACCAAGCUGGACUAUUUUAGGGACGCAAUGAAACAGUAUGUGGGACCACACAACUUUUUCAAUUUCACUCUGGGUAAAGACUUCAAAGACGCCAGCGCUGUGAGGUUCAUGAAAGAAUUGAAAGUUUCAGAGCCUUUUGUGAUUGGAGAGAAGAACACGGAAUGGGUAUCGAUUAAGAUUCACGGUCAGUCCUUCAUGCUGCAUCAGAUUCGUAAAAUGAUCUCGAUGGCCACACUUGUCACCCGCUGUUCUUGUCCUACCGAUCGCAUAUUAGACGCCUAUAAGCCUCAGAGAAUUAACAUCCCCAAAGCACCCGCUUUGGGAUUGUUACUAGAGUGUCCCGUUUACGAUGGCUACAACAAAAAGCUCGAAGAAUUCGGUUACAAUGGGAUUGAUUUCAGCAAGUACCAAGAAAAGAUGGACGCCUUCAAAAUGAAGUACAUUUACGAUAAAAUUUACGGAGAAGAAGUCGCUGAGAAUGUUUUCAAUGCAUUCUUCAGUUACAUUGACAACUUUAACCAAGUUACAGGAGCCCAGAGUGUCACUGAGCAGCAGAACGGAGACCAGCCGGUAGCCGAGAACAAAACUGCUGAAAAUGGACGCAGAAGCGUUUUUGACUUUCUUACCGCUCGGGGCAUUACUGGAACUACUGAACAAAACCAAAAGCAAAAUGCUGAGGUCGAACCUCCAGUGCUGCCCGUUACCGGUCCACUUUCUGAACUUCCUGAAAGCACACCCAUAGUGGAGUAG